ACCAGCUGGAGGAGCUGGAAAAGGCUUUCAACGAAGCCCACUACCCGGACGUGUACGCCAGGGAAAUGCUGGCCAUGAAGACGGAGCUGCCCGAGGACAGGAUCCAGGUCUGGUUUCAGAACCGAAGAGCCAAGUGGAGGAAGCGUGAGAAGUGUUGGGGCAGGAGCAGCGUCAUGGCAGAGUACGGGCUCUACGGGGCCAUGGUGAGGCACUCCAUCCCUCUGCCUGAGUCAAUCAUCAACUCGGCCAAGAGCGGCCUGGUGGGCUCCUGCGCUCCAUGGCUGCUUGGGAUGCAUAAGAAAUCCAUGGAUGUGACAAGGAAGCCUGAGAGCGAGGAGAAGAUGCCGGACAGCUGGAGAUUGGAAGGUCCUGAGGAGGAAUUACAAGUGAGGCCAGCAGAGCACCAGAGAAGCGCUGGUGACAAACUCAGCUCUCUGGACAACUCCGAGGAUACCGCGAUGGAUCUCUCUAGCACAGCAAAGCAAGGGAACAGGAGUGCUUUGAGACAGUGUCUCAAAGGAGACCCCCAGACAGAUGGGAAGAACAAUGACUACUAAACUCAGGGAGCAAGGGCAGUGCGGGGCGCUAGGAAAACGAGACCCUGGAGCACUUUGGAAAGACAGGGCUAUUUAUGAGGUAUUUUUCAAACAAUUAACACAGCAUUGUACAUGAAUCUGAGACCUGUUAAAACCGGAUCUAGCCACGAUCCCUUCCCCAGCCCUAACGUUACAGCUGUUAGCAUGUAACAAACAGAGCUGAGGGGAAGGUUUGGUAAUGUUGAUGUGAAAAUGUGACUGAUUCUUGGGCCGCUCUAGUGAUACAUCGGGAGAACCUCCCUUUCAUUCUGUAAGACAAGCAGCUGAAAGACACUUCUGCCAGCUAGCCAGGUGCAUGAGCAAGCGUGGAGUUAUUUCCUCUGGAACCUGACUGGGCAGGACAUAACAGAACCCUUCUUUCAGAAGUUACAUUCCAGCGUUUACUAUGUGGAACUGGGCAAGCACCAAAGUGGCAAUUCUGUGUUUAAAAUAUGCAACUGUUUGGCCUCGAGAAGAAGUGAAAGCUUUUCUUAAAGACUGGGGAUUGGUUUUUCAGCUCUUGUAAGUUGACAUCGUGCCAUUGAUUUCAGGAGAGCCAGGCCAGCUUGCCCCACUUGGAGCUGUGUAUCAGUCAAUACAGCCUUAUAAGCCAAUUACACGGUGUAUCUGACUUAGACCUUGUCUCUGUGGCUACGUCUAGACUGGAAUGAUUUUCUGCAAAUGCUUUUAACGGAAAAGUUUUCCAUUAAAAGC